UUGACAUCUGUCAAAGUCAGCAGUGCAACAACGAAAAUAAAUGACAACAAAUCAUUUUUAUUGAGCACAAUUUUGCACAGAAACUUGAAAUAAAAAUGAAAUUCACGACGACUCUGGUUUGAAUGAUUUUUAGCUAUUUGGCAUAAAUAAACAGUCGUAACUUACGACUACCAAAACCAUCAUCAGCACACACACACACACACGAUGGCCAAUCCAAUACCAGAUUUUAUUAUCAUUUUCAUCAUUUUGGCCACUCUCGUUUCGAUUUACAUACUCUCAAACAUACUACGCUUGAACUUGACCACCGACAAUGCAACACAAACAGAGCUCAGCCUUACACAAUUGAUUGAAUUACAUCCACUAGAAUACCGAUGGGCACUUAAGUUUAUUGUUAACUGCUUUGGAUACAGCUGCAUCUUUAUUCCGGGCAUUCUAAUUUAUCAGUACACCAAGAGAACCAAGUAUUUGGAACGAUGCGCGAACAAAGUCAGUUGUAUCCCAUUGUUGGUGCGUUCGUGUUUUUCGAGUAUAAGACUGUCGGAAUUGCCGAUGCACGGAGCGAAUGCAAAUGCAAUAAAAGGUGGUACCUGGCGAAUUGUGUACUGUUUCUUCGGUCUGAUGACAUCAUACUUGGUGUGGGGUUUAUUACAAGAGAAAAUUAUCACACAGCCAUAUGAAACGUUAACGCCCGAAGGUCAUAAAUUCGAGGAGCAUUUUCAUGAUUCGCAAUUUUUGGUCUUUGCUAAUCGAUCUCUGGCAUUUUUAAUGGCAUUAGUUUACUUAUGUGCGAAGAAUCAAUUCCAAAACACAUCACCAUCAUCAUCAUCGCCAAUAGCUGCGAUCGCCCAAAUCACUGGGUCAGCACCGUUAUUCAAGUAUUCUUUUGCCAGUUUUUCAAAUGUGAUGUCUGCUUGGUUUCAAUACGAGGCAUUGAAAUAUGUCAAUUUCCCCACUCAAGUACUGGCCAAAUCGUUUAAAAUCAUUCCUGUGAUGUUGAUGGGCAAAAUUGUAUCGCGUAAGAAAUUCGAAUUUUAUGAAUAUUUAACUGCCGCACUCAUUUCCAUCGGAAUGUUGGCAUUUUUGCUUGGCAGCAAAUCCGAUCAUCAUACAGUUUCGUCGAUCACUUCAAUGGCCGGAAUUCUUUUGCUUACGAUGUACCUUGUGUUUGACAGCUUCACCUCGAAUUGGCAAGAUGAAUUGUUUAAAACAUACAGCAUGUCACCCAUUCAGAUGAUGUGCGGCGUGAAUUUAUUUAGCACACUAUUUACCGCUUUUUCGCUAGCCAUUCAAGGUGGUUUCAUGGAGUCAUUCAUGUUUGCGACGACGCACUCAAAGUUCGUAGUAGACUGUAUAGCGCUAUCAAUUUGCUCGGCCACUGGACAGUUGUUCAUAUUCUACACGAUCUCACAUUUUGGAGCGACGGUUUUUUCCAUUAUAAUGACUCUUCGGCAGGCCGUUGCAAUCUUAUUAUCAUGCAUCAUGUAUGGACAUUAUAUUUCGGCUGUCGGCAUCUUUGGCGUAAUGAUUAUAUUUUCGGCGUUAUUUUUGCAAAUUUAUUGUAAACAACGCUUGGGAAUGUUGCGUCGCAAAACCGAAGCCAAUGAAUCAUUGCUCAGUUUAAGCGAGCGCAGAGCAAACGUUUAAAGCCAGUGAUAUCGUUACCAACCAGUUUGAACAUAUUCGAUGUGAACCAAAGCGAAUUUCGACCACUCUUGCUUUCAGUGUUAUACAAGCGUUAAUGCGCCAGCGCGAGUUCAAUUGCAUAUAUGUACUUUAAGCCAGCUGUAGAUGGAUUUUUGAAUAUAAGUGUCUAUAAAGUUGUAUGAUUAAGCCACAAUUUAUAUUUUGGACGAACAAGUUUUUUUUAUUUUAGUUGAACAAUUUAGACAUAGUUUAGCUUUUGAGCAAAUCAUGAUAAAUAUUCACGCAACAAAUAAAUAUCUCCCGCCUGUCGAUGCAAGCAAGAAAUGAGCUACACAAAGAAAAUUUACUCAAUAAAGCUAUUUAUUCAAGUGUUUUGUGGCGAUUUACAAGCGAA